UAUCUUUUCCGGUAGUAGAUUUUUCUAUGCAUUUAGUUUAAGCACGUCCGCGGAGUACAGAUAUCGUGUCGUAUAUGUGGUUUGAUGGACUCAGUGCAUUGAAGGUUCAGUGAGAGUGAAUUAUGGACCGAUAUACAGUGAACCGGCGUUCGAAACGCAAGAAAGAGGGGUUCCUCACUAAAUGGAAGGCAAAAUAUGUUGGGAGUAUUUUACACAGGCGCUCCUGGGUCAGCACUGGAUUUGAUUUAAACAAUGCCAGUUACGCGAUAAACAGGCGAUAUUCGCGCGGCAACAUGUCGCCGGUGUGCCACAACUUCGUGCAGAACGCCUGGAAGAAGGACUUCUGUUCCAACUGCUUCAAGUCCCGCGAGGACCACCUCAAGCAGGAGCGCACCACCGAGGGCACCAAGUACAUCAACACCCCCUUCCAGAACAGAAGCACCUUCUUCAAGAAAACACCACCCAGCAUACUCAAAACACACCCCAAGAAGAAAAACAAACGAAAUGUCAGAUUCCCUGAAGAGGUGAGCAGUGUCAUUGGCUACGGUGGUGACGACUGGUCUGAUGGAGAAGAAUUCGAAAUUUCAGAAGAAACUGAAGAAGAUGACACUUUCCCCGAUACAGAAGAAGAGAGAGAACUUCAUAAAGUCACCAAAUUGAACACAGAUUUUAACACAGUUAAAGCUAAUCUAUUGGGUGAAUCUGCAAGCAAAUCUUACACCUCUUUAAUGUUAGGCAAAGUGCAAACAGACUCAGAUGGAAAGAAGAAGACUUUACUAGUCUCAGUUACUCCGUUUGGGCAAGAGAACAAAAGCCCAAAUGUAAAAUCGCAUGGUCGAAAACCCGCCGUUAUACAUAUCACGGACGCAUCCACCGAAGAAACCAAUAACUAUAAAACCAAUAUAAUUCUGUCAACGUACGUUAAAGAAACUGAGACUAUUAUACAAGCAGACAGCACAACAGAAAGUAUAUGCACUGAAAAGUCGCUGCUUGAAGAAAUAUCAGAAACUUUAGAACAGAACAGAAUCACAAAUGCCAAUGAUCUUGGUUUCACGCAAAAAGAUUGCACCAAACCUACCGUAGUAGAAGGGAAGAUGAAGGAGAGCAUGCAAGAUGACUUCGACAAGAAAGAAAUGUGCGAGACCAAAAAGAAUGCGAUCGUGAGAAAAUCACCAUUGCCUAAAACGCAGGAAAGGCCUAAAGUAAAUCUCAGCCGAUCUGAAUUCAAAUUUUGUAAGAUUAAUGUUGAAAGCAGUAGUGUCGAUUCAGCGGUAGGCACUCUUAAUUCCACUGCCAACAAUUCUCUAACGUCAGACGACGAAAGUUUCAGCGGUCGCACGGACUCCGAUAACGACGAUAGCGGCCAUUUCUCCGAAACGAAAUGUGAAGAGACAGUCAAGAUAAAAGUGUUCAACGAUACCGAUAAGAACAUCAAGAUGUCCCCGAUAGGGCAGCUCAGAAAAAUAGACGGGCAAGCUAGCAACGGCUACUCGACGUUCCAAAGUCCGAUUAUAGAUAUGCCACCAAUCGUGCCAAAGCCUCAUGACAACGUAUUUUCUGCUGAGGCUAGUAGGGAAUUAGCCGGCGAACCAGAUGGUAGGGCAGAUCCAGAUGAAACCAACGAAGCCCCAGCGUUACCUAAGAGUCCAAUGCCUACUAUGGAUCCUCGUCCGUCUUUCCUUCACGGAAUGAUUACUGACAUAAUGUCUCCCAAACCUGCCGUACCUGAAAAACCCAAGUUGCCGAUCAAGCCAGUUAUAAAACAAACCACUAAGAAAGCCGUCGUAACGCCGCAAACAGUUAUGCAUUUGCAAACUAAAGUGGGAGACGAUCGGUCGGCCCGAGCUAUUAGUGAGGAGAAAAAUAACGAAAUAACUGAGGUGCAUGAAGAAAAACCUGAACCGAUUUACUACGCGAAACCGGUUUUAACAAAGCAAGACAGCGAUACGUCACUCAAUAGCCUGACUAAAUCUAAAGCACCGUCGCCUCCAUCAUCGCCAUCAAUAGACGAGUAUCCGAAUUUGUAUCAAAGGAAUACAAAUGGAUUCACCAAAUCUGACUCCCCUGUAGUAAGAGAAAUGGAAAAGAGAGAACGAGCGACUAUGUCCUCCGUGGUGCCUAAAGUGAAACCUGCUGAUACUGUUGAGAUUAAGAAGGCUGAUGUCAUCCCAGAACCUGCCCCUAGAAGAAACAUAUCUUUGUCACACGAUAAUCUGCUCUUAGACGAAAAGCGCAAAGGCAAGCUAAAAUUCUCCAUCAAAAAACUCCUACGCAUAGGCUCAUCAAAAGACUUAGACAAGAAAGAGCUCAGCGUAGCAACAGUGGCGAAAGUAGCCCACAAACCCGAAGAAAUCUUCGAUUUAACACCGAAACCGAAACCACGGCUGGUGAUCAUACAUCCGUUGGACAUAAACGGGUCGAAUGUUGAGGUCGUGAAGCCGAAUGAGAUAUCCGAGAUUCGUCGGAUGAGUCACGAUGACGUGUCGAUAUAUAGUGGGAGUAGUUCGGCAACUGAGGUAGAGACGCCGAAGGUCGUAAACAAGCCCCCGCCCCCUCCAAGGCACUCGAGUGAAGAGACAAAGGUGGCCACAGGUCACAAGCCGGCCAGACCGCCGCCGCCGAAGUCGGCUGCUCUCCAAAAGAAGCAAAAACAGCAAGCGUGGACGUCGCCGAACAAGAGCGACAAUAUUUAUGCGAAUCUAGGCGAGAUCCGGUCAGCCCUGGCCCCUAGAAAACCCGAACGCACAGCUAGCAUGCGUGAGCGAGAAGCUCACCUAGAGCUCCCCAAACGCAGAACGCCCAUAGACGACGAGAAAGACGACGACGGCCCCCAAGAACUCGUCCAAGCCACCAACGAAGCCGUCAUUCACAAUUACGACGACGUUUACAACUCUAAUAAGUACGAGGAAACCUCAGAUUCCGCUAAAAACAGUGACAGCGACUACGAAUACGUAAACCACGCGCGAUCAAGCUCUCCCGAGUGUGAUUCCAAGCCAAUAGAGACGCGGAAAGACGAAAGCGUCGAAUACCCGAAGUACAACGGAUUCAGAUCCUCCCUUCCUUACUGCGGGAGCGAAACAGAAUCAGAAAUCUACUCCCCGUACAGCUUCUACAGUUCCAACGACAACAUGGAGACUGGCAACGAGGAUUAUCAGAACGAGAUGACGCCAAAAACAACUACGAAUAAGCUGCGGGUGCGAAAGGGACGCAGCGUGGUGCAUAGGAAUCUUGAAGAUAAUUAUGGAGCCGUCGUUAUUGCUAACCACGAGGCGCUGGCGCAGGUUUUAGAACAGGUACAGCAAAGUGCCACGAUGCAGCCCUCACUCCGCGGCCUAAAGGCGUGCACUAAUCUGCGCUGGAGCGACUUCGCCGUGCAGUCGUCGAAGACCGUGCGCGCGGGCAAGCGGCUGUUCUACCCUGCCAUUUGGAACUCUAGCCAAGGCCCAGUGAACGUCACGUUAAUGGUCCACAAGGAACAGACGGCCUCUCAGCUCGUCUGCCAACAGUCGAUGCAGCCUCAGACCCUCAGCCUGAACGCCAUCACGGAGUUCUGCGACCUGGUGCCGCUCCAGCAGUUCGGAGAAGAAGGCGAUGACUUGGUGCAAGCAACCAUCGUCGUGCUAGCCCAAGCGCAGGUCGACACGCUCCAAACCUACGGCGAAUCCCUCCGCUCCAUCGAGAUAUCCACAAAAGAGUACCAACUAGUCCAAACCGAGCAGAUACACGAAGCCAUCUUCAUGAUGCUCCAACUCAUCAACGGCCUGAAGUGCCUCCAAGCGAGAGGGGUCGAGGAGAUCUCGGAGAGUUUAACCUCUUUUAUUUCAUUGAGGGAACAGCCUUGUUCUAGCGGGAUAAGUUCGCCGACUCCGGAUGAUAGGCUGAAUUCAUUGUCGGCGCCAAAGACCAACUGCUAUGGGAGAUUGUGCAUUUUACAAGGAUUAAGCGACGACAUGAACAAAUCAACACCAGACGCCCAUCUCAACUCUCUCUGCAAGUGCGCCAUCAAAGCUCUAGAAAUCAUCCUCCCGAGCGAGAAACUAACCCCACUCCUCAAGGAAGUACUACAAGACGAACGUGCGAUUUCUCUAAACCAGGCCAAAUCUGUCUUGGAAUUCAUGCUGUGGGGUCCUUUAGACGUCGCACAAGGCGUUCCAGUAGAUGACCGCGAAUUGUCUUUACAAAGAUGGUUGGAUUUAGAAAGGGCGACGGUUCUGCAUGGGUUGGUUAGAACCAGAGUCCAACUGAAUGUGUUUGAGCAGCUGCAUUUGAUGUUUUUAGUGCGAUCCACGGCGAAGGCGAUGUGCGAAGCGUCGGUGCUUUUAGAAAAGGCCAAUGUGUAUUAAUGUAUAUUUUGU